UCCCCAAAACUCUCCCUUUCAGUGUGCAAGAAAGCUCAUUCAAUCGUUCUUUCUCCAAAGCGCUGCGUCUCGGUUGAUCACUGAGUUCAAGGUUAGUUCUUGAAACAGAUUGGUAGUCAAAUCUUUGUUGAAACAAGAUGUGGCAGGAUGGAGUUUCUAGAUGGGUCAUCACUUAUUAGAUAUAUUUUGAAUUAUGAGGACUACCACUCAUGGGUUAAGGCAGCUACCAAUGUAGGUCUGGUAUGUAGAACAUAAGACCUUUUUAGUGGUGCUUACAAACUAUUGUGAUUCUAAUGGUCUAUGAAUGGCACUAUCAUUGAGAAAAGUGAUCAGUGUCACGAAGAGUUGUUUAUUUGUAAGAUGCUUGACUUCAACUGGUCGGAAGACUGUCUUAAGGUCAAUUGAUCACAAAAGCUUACUGGAUAGAAACUAUUUUCAAAGGGUUAUAGGAUCAGAUGUGCACCAUAAAAUGUGUCAGAACGUUUCCCUCCAGCAUUUCUCUAUCAGUAGUCAACCAGAGUUGAUAUGUUGGGAAGGUUCCUGUCAUGCAGUUUUAUUGAGAAAGCUUGAAAUUGCUUUGAAGGAUCAUCAAGUAGAUGAAGCAUGGGAAACUUUCAAGGAUAUUAAAAGGUUGUAUGGAUUUCCUAGCCAUUCUCUGGUGAUUAGGUUGAUCACAGAAUUGUCUUACUCUUCCAAUCCACACUGGCUUCAAAAAGCAUGUGAUUUAGUUUAUUUAAUUCUGAAAGAGAAAUCAGAUUUACUUCAUUCUGAUUCUCUGACUAAGCUCUCCUUGUCCUUAUCAAGAGCUCAAAUGCCUAUCCCUGCCUCUAUGAUCCUCAGAUUGAUGCUUGAGAAAGGGAGCGUGCCCCAAAAGAAUGUGCUGUGGUUGAUCAUUCUGCAUAUGGUAAAGACAGAGAUAGGGACGUAUCUUGCAUCCAAUUACUUGGUUCAGAUUUGUGACCAUUUCCUGCUUUUAAGUGCAAGCAAAUCCAAUCAUGCAAAACUUAUAAAGCCUGACACAAUGAUUUUUAACCUUGUUCUUGAUGCUUGUGUGAGAUUCGGAUCAUCCUUCAAAGGCCAGCAGAUCAUAGAGUUGAUGCCACAAGUAGGGGUUGGCGCUGAUGCACACUCUAUCAUUAUUAUUGCCCAGAUCCAUGAGAUGAAUGGGCAGAGGGAUGACUUGAAGAAAUUUAAAUGCCAUAUUGAUCAAGUUUCAAUUCAGUUGGCUUGUCAUUAUCGGCAAUUCUAUGAUAGUUUGCUGAGCUUGCAUUUCAAGUUUAACGAUAUUGAUGGUGCUUCUGGGCUUGUGUUAGAUAUGUGUAGAUGUUGGGAUUCUCUUUCUAUUCAGAAAGAUAGGAAUGAUCCUCAUAAGACUUGCUUUGUUCCUAUUGGAUCUUACUAUCUCAAAGAAGGCUUGAAAUUACAGAUUGUGCCUGAGCUGCUUCAGAAGGAUUCUGUCUUCAAAAUGGAUAGUAAACAGGAACUUCUGUUGUUUAGAAAUGGGAAAUAUGUUCUUAGUAAUAAGGCCCUUGCCAAGCUUAUCAUUGCAUACAAGAGAGAUGGUAGGAUUGGUGAGCUUUCAAGGUUUAUGGUAAGCCUUCAAAAAGAGUUGGGUACCUUGGAAGGAGGAUUGAUUUCUGAUGUGAUUGAUGCUUGUAUUCAGUUGGGGUGGCUGGAGACUGCUCAUGACAUCUUGGAUGACAUGGAACUGGCUGGAGCCCCAGCCAGUUCUAUUACAUACAUGUCACUCUUGACAGCGUAUUACAAGGGAAAGAUGAUUAGGGAAGCGAAGGCACUGCUUAAACAAAUGAGGAAGGCUGGUUUGAUUGUGGAUUUGUCUGAUGAAAUUGUCAUGACUACGUGCUUAUCCGGAGUUGUGGAUAAAAAUAGAAUGCACACAAGAACAUCAACUUCAAUUUGGAAAUCAGGUUUGGCUGAGUCUUUGGUCCGAGAAAUGAAAAAGCAGGAGAAAGCAAUUCUUCCUGUGGUUUACAAGUUCAAUUCUUCUAUUUAUUUCUUCUGCAAGGCAAAAAUGAUUGAUGAUGCAUUGAGGAUAUAUGGAAGAAUGCAGGAGACAAAAAUUGAACCCAACGUGCAAACUUUUAUUAACCUGGUAUAUGGUUAUUCUUGCUUGAAUAUGUAUCGGGAAAUCACAAUCUUGUGGGGGGACAUCAAGAGGAGUAGGAAGAGUGGAAGUUUAGUGGUAUGCAGGGAUUUGUACGAGUUCUUGGUACUGAAUUUUCUUCGAGGUGGUUACUUUGAGAGAGUGAUGGAGGUGAUUGGUUGUAUGAAAGAGCAAAAUAUGUACUGUGAUAAGUGGAUGUAUAAAAGUGAGUUCCUAAAGUUUCACAAGGAUCUCUACAGGAACUUGAAAGCAUCAAAUACUAGAACUGAGGCUCAAAGCAAGAGGCUUGAGUAUGUUGAGGCAUUUAGGACAUGGGCUGGAAUCGAUUGAAUUUCAAGCAUGGGGUGUUUGAAAACAGUUUUGGUCGCUUGGGCUUGCUAAUGUCUAUCUUGAACUUGUGUGGAGACGACUGAAGCUGAAAUGGUUAAAGUAAAGAAGCAAAGCAAGCAAAAUGCAAGGUCAGGGUGGUACCAAUUUCUUAACACUUCCCAAAUUACAAGGAAAGAUGUUGAAAACUGGAUAUCAUUAACUGGCCCAAUCCCAAGAUAGCCUAACUGCUGUGGAACUUCAUUCUGGAUGAUCCCGCAAUGUGAAACACUAUCAAUUGUAGGUUUGUAAACUUAUCUAAUCUAAUCAGGAGAUGGUUUUUGGAGGGAGCACAAAAUUGUGGUCUGUGAGGAGUUAACAGAGAAAAUGGUGUUUGGUGCUCCAUGUUAUUUGCCCGCAAAAAGCUAUUGUGAUUACUGAGUUCUUGCGGGUGGAAUUAAGGAUGAAGAAUCCCUGGAAUUAGAAGGUGUAGUGGUACCUCACCAUUUUUCUCAUUCCUUUUUCAUGUGAUCGUAGUUGCACAUUCCCGCAGCUAAUAUUAUUUGAAUUUCCAUGAAUAUAAUUUAUGUCAUUCUGAAUAUAAAAGGC